AUGGAAAAAAAUAUCCUGUGGGUAAUCUUUUACAAUUUCCUGUUUAUUCUUUUGGCGGCAUGUAAGGACUCACAUCGAAGCAAACCUAGCAGACUAAAACAUGACAAUACUUUAUUGCCAAAUUACGCUAAUUUAAUGAGGGAUGAUCAAAACGGACAAAACAGUGAUAAAAGAGGAGACAAUAUAAACAAUCACAAUACAAACAAUAACGAUCAGAACAAUCAUAAUGGUAAUAAUGAUAACAGCAUUAAUAGUGAAUACCUAAAAACAUCACAUCUACAGAAUAGUUCGACUAUUGCACACUUAAACGAUCAUAAAAUUACAACAAAGCCAGCUCGAUAUUCUUACAUACAAAGAAGCAAAAUAUAUGGACUUAACCCAAAUAAUAAUAAAAUAGAAAAUAUUAAUAACGAAUUGCAUAGUGUUCCAAAUUCAUUUGCUCAGUAUUUUGUAUACAGCAAUAUAAAUAGAACAAUACAUAAGAUGGGUUACAUUAGUUUCUUCGACGAAUAUAAUAAUAUAGUUACUUUGUCUCUGCCUUAUCAUGCUAGAGUAUAUGGCUUAAUGGAAUUAAAAAAUUAUUCAGUGCUUUAUAGUGAAUUACAGCAUGAUGUUUAUAGUUAUUUUGAUCCACAAAUAGACAAAGUUUUCAAGGGUGCAGAGAAAAAUGCAAUUGUCUGUGAAAAUAACAUAGUCAAUUUAUAUAAUAUGGUAACUCGUUUAGAAAAUCCAGAACACUAUAAUAAUAACAGAGAGAAUUAUUCCAAAGAAAGAAAUGAUUACGAAAGACAACUUGCGUCCCUACAUGACUGCUUACUUAAUAAUCAUAAAAAAAAUUACAAAAGCAUAAUAUAUGCUGAUGCAAUUUUUUUCGAUUCUUUACAUCAUAUACAUUGUUAUUCCCAAUAUAAAUGUUCAACAAGAUUGUAUCGUGAUAUGCUUAAUAUAUCUAUGAGAAAAAUUCAUGAAUAUGAAUUGAAAAAGAAAGAUGAAGCUAUAGAUAAAUUUAUUAAAACAUACGAAACUGCUGUAGAUGUAAUGAAGAAAAUAAAAAACGAAUUAAAUCCAAGCUUUUAUUCUGAUAUGGCAGAUUUCGUAAUAGAUGAAAUUGAAUAUAUUAUAGAGGGACUUAAUGCACACUCAGAAAAAAUUGAUACUGCAUCCGAUUUUAUAAAAUAUUUAAAUAAAGAAAAUGUGCCGAAUGAAAUCUCAAAAAAUGAGAUUAAAACUAAUUAUGUUGGGCUAGCUAUGCACACCGGUUCCUUUCGUUUUAGUACUGAACAUGUAAAAAUGUUAGAGGAAAUAUUCAAAAGUAAAGAAAAAAUACUUUACGACAUUUGUAGUAAAUUUUCGAAUGACUUGAAAAACAGAAUAACUACUCUGAUCAAUUCGGAAUAUUCUUCAUCAAACUGCAGUCCUAUUAUUUCCACUUGUGAAGAAGCCAAGAAAUCCUUAGAAUCCUUGCGUACUUCGAGCACCAAACAACUAGAAAAUCGUGAACUAAAUUCAAAGCCGGAAAUUGCACCAGUUAAAAAGAGUUAUGAUGAAAAAAUGCUUAAAUUGGAAGAAGCUAUAAAAAGAGCUCAAGAAAUAAUAAAUUCUGUAAAUGUCAUCAUUCAGUUUAACACAACCGAAACAGAAGCAAAGAAAAAGGAAACAGAUAACAUACCCCAAUAUAUAAAUGCACUAGAGAAGGAUAAAAAACUUUUAGAAGUAAUAGAUUCAAUAAAAAAACAAAAACAAAAAAUAUCGGAAAAUUCUAACAAAAUAAAAAAUUUUUCUGAAGCAGCUAAUGCUUUAAAAACUGAAGUCGAAGAAUUAAAGAGGGGUAUUGAUGAAGAUGUGAAAAAAAUAUUAAAGCUAAUCUAA